AUGGCGAAGUCCAGCGUGGCGGUGCCGGAGGUGGGCGUGCCAGCAGCGCAGGCGUCGUGCCCCUGCCCGGGGACGACGCUGUUCCCGUACCCGCCGCCGCGUGGCGCCGGGAUCGCAGCCGCCGUCGUGCGGCGCAAGUGCGGCCUGCAGGUGGAGCUCGGCGCGGGCGCGGCGGGGCUGCUGGGCGGCGCGUGCUGGGGCGUGGAGUCCAUGCGCGCGUCGUCGCCCACGCACGCCAAGGCCGCGGCCGCGCUCGCCGCCGGCGCCGUGGACGAGGAGCGCGCCGCGUGGAUGGUGCGGCACCCGUCGGCGCUGGGCAAGUUCGAGCAGAUCGUGGCGGCUUCCGAGGGCAAGCGGAUCGUCAUGUUCCUGGACUACGACGGCACGCUGUCGCCCAUCGUGGACGACCCCGACGCCGCCUUCAUGAGCGAGACGAUGCGGAUGGCCGUGCGUAGCGUCGCCAAGCAUUUCCCGACGGCGAUCGUGAGCGGCCGGUGCCGCGACAAGGUGUUCGAGUUCGUGAAGCUGGCGGAGCUGUACUACGCCGGUAGCCACGGCAUGGACAUCAAAGGUCCAGCCAAGGCCUCUUCCCGGCACGCAAAGGCCAAGGCAAAAGGAGUUGUGUUCCAGCCGGCGAGCGAGUUCCUGCCCAUGAUAGAGGAGGUGCACGAGCGCCUGGUCGAGACGACGCGCUGCAUCCCGGGGGCCAAGGUGGAGAACAACAAGUUCUGCGUCUCCGUCCACUUCAGAUGCGUCCACGAAAAGAUGUGGGGCGAGCUGUCAGAGUCGGUGAAGGCCGUGCUGCGCGAGUACCCGAAGCUGCGGCUGACGCAGGGGCGGAUGGUGCUGGAGGUGCGGCCCACCAUCAAGUGGGACAAGGGCAAGGCCCUGGAGUUCCUGCUGGACUCGCUCGGCUUCGCGGACUGCAGCAACGUGCUGCCCGUGUACAUCGGCGACGACCGCACCGACGAGGACGCCUUCAAGGUGCUCCGUCGCCGGGGCCAGGGCCAGGGCGUCGGGAUCCUCGUGUCCAAGCACCCCAAGGAGACCACCGCCUCCUACUCGCUCCAAGAGCCCGCCGAGGUGAUGGAGUUCUUGCUGCGGCUCGUCGAGUGGAAGCGCCUCUACAGGGCCAGGCUCAGGCUGCAAUGA